AUGCUGCUGCAGGACUUCCUCAGCGUGCAUGUGGAUGCCACCAAUGCGCCCUGGCAUGCGCGGGCGCCCACCCGCCGCGGCCUUGCGCAUGGCUUGAGGAGACGGGCUGUAGGUAGGAACUUCCAGCUGCCCCCGAAGAAGGCUGAUGGGCCUACGACAUCUGCCACGACCACUCCAGGCUCCUGA